AUGGCAUCAAAUGGUUGUCUCCGCGCUCGUGGCAUCGAAGAGGCUGACGUGGUUGCGAUCUUAAUGCCGAAUGGCCCGGAGAUUGCUCUGGUGUUGUUGUGCUGCAUGAGCCAGUGCGUUGCGGCCCCUUUGGAUCCGUCCACCGGAGAGGACGAUCUGUCGGACGCAAUGGUACAGCUGACUGCAAGGCACGCAAUUUGGCUCCAGCAGCACAAAAUAUACAGCAACACAAUCGAGGUUGCUUGUCGGAAGGCGGGAUGCAGACCUCAACCGAUCGUCCGAGCUGGCACUCUAGCGGGACACUUCUCGUGGGCCGAAACUGUCCAGCGCACAUUGUCGGGAGGGUUGCCAGGCCCUGCUGCUGACAUGGACGAUACCGCACUGGUCCUGCGCACCUCGGGCACCACAUCAAAACCCAAGGUCGUACCCCUGACCCGCCGUGGCCUUUUCACAGGCGCCACGUGCAUAGCGCAUGGCCUCGGGCUGAAGACUUCGGACUGCUGCCUGAACGUCAUGCCACUCACCCACAUAGGCGGGAUAUCGUGCUCCCUGCUCUCUACGCUGUUGACCGGCGGCCUCGUGUACUGCGCGCCGCGCUUCGACCCGGGCAGCUUCCUUGAACUAUGCGAGUCGUUGCGGCCGCAGCCCACGUGGUAUUACGCGGCUCCCACGAUACACAAGGCAAUCGCUCUGCAUUGCAAGCGCCUCCCAGAGCCCCCGAAGCACAGUCUCCGAUUGGCGCGGAGCGGAGCCGCCAACUUGGCCGACGCCGAUGCCAAGGAGUUGCGGGAGCAGCUGGGAGGCUGCAUUGUAUUGCCGACGUAUUCAAUGAGCGAGUGCAUGCCCGUCGCUCAGCCACCGGAAGGAUACAAUUUAGAGAAGACAGGGUCUGUUGGUGUUCCUAUCGCCUCGUCGCUUCGUAUCGCCGACUCUGCUGGUGUUGCACUUGCUUACGGUCACGAUGGCGAGGUUUGUAUCCGGGGGCCCGUCGUGAUGCGCGGCUACAAGGAGAACGCGAAGGCUAACGCAGACAGUUUUUUCAAAGACGCCGAUGACGGUGAGAGCUGGUUCCGCACGGGCGACGUGGGCCACCUGGACGACAAAGGUUUCUUGUUCCUCACGGGCCGCUGCAAGGAGCUCAUCAAGCGGGGCGGGGAGCAGGUGAGCCCAUACGAGGUCGAGGAAGUGUUGCUCGCCCACCCAUGCGUGGAGAUCGCCGUUGUCUUCGCGGUCCCGAACGCUUUCUGGGGCGAGGAGGUGGCCGCGGCGAUCGUCUUGAAGCCUGGCGUUCAGCAGACGGAGCAACGGGACCCCGAUAUUGAGUCAGCAUUGAUGGUGGCGGACGGCGUGUCUAGGACUCAGCCAAGGACUCUCGCAAGGAGUCUGUCAAAGAGGCUUGCGGAUGAAGUUGCCUUUGGCCUGAUUGGAGGGCGCUCCGAAGCUUUGCGGUCGCUUCGUGUUUCUCAAGAGGGUAUCAUAGGUCGGCGGAUUUUGCUGCAGAGCGGCUGGUAG